ACAAACCACAUAAAAUUGGUUUGCAUAAAAUUUUUGUUGCCGCGAUUUUAUUGUUAUUAUUUACAGCAAUUAUAAAUUUAGGACACUAAACUGGCUUUGUGCGAGAAUUGAUUACUUAUAUAUAUAAAAUAGUGUGUAAAUAUACAAAUGUAACAGCAACCAUUUUAAUAAAACUAGAAUGACCAGCUUGUACUUCGACAUCAGGGAUGAUCAAUGGCCAAUUGUAUAUCAUGAAAAGUAUAAUGUAUCAUUUGGUGGUUUUGAAAAAUUUCAUGUUUUUGAUGCACAAAAAUGGCACAACAUUAUUCAGUUUUUAUUGGACGCUAAUUUCAUAACCAAAGACAGUAUUGUAAAACCUGUGGAGGCAAAAGAUUUUGAUCUCAAGACAGUUCACACCAAGAGGUAUCUCAAAUCCUUGAAAUGGAGUGCCAGAGUAGCCGUGAUAGCAGAGGUUCCUAUACUAGUGUGCAUUCCAAAUAUUCUUGUACAGAGGGCAUAUCUGAAACCUAUGAGGCUUCAAACUGGUGGCUCCGUGUUGGCUGGUAAGCUGGCUUUGGAAAGAGGCUGGGCGAUCAAUGUUGGUGGAGGUUUCCACCACUGUAGCGGGGAUAAGGGUGGUGGGUUCUGUCCAUACGCUGAUAUCACAAUGCUCAUCAAAUAUUUGAUGGCAUACAAAAGUGUACAAAAUGUUAUGAUUGUUGAUUUGGACGCCCAUCAGGGCAAUGGUUAUGAAAGGGAUUUCAUUGGAGUGCCCGAGGUGUACAUAAUGGACAUGUACAAUAAACACAUCUACCCGCGAGACAGUCACGCCAAACAAGCGAUACGGAGGAAGGUCGAGCUUGGCUACCUAGUUGAGGAUACAGAGUACUUGAUCAAAAUGAAAAAGAAUCUAAAAGCAGCUCUGAAAGACUUUACCCCCGACAUUUUGGUGUACAAUGCUGGCACAGACAUUCUGGAGUCGGAUCCCCUUGGACAUUUAAGUGUCACUGAUGUUGGCAUAGUACACCGCGAUCAGUUUGUGUUCUAUGUUUGCAAGGAGCUCAACAUUCCCAUAGUGAUGUUGACUAGCGGAGGGUAUCUGAAGAAAACCGCUCGCAUCAUAGCUGACUCCAUCAUGAAUCUCAGCGCUCAGGGCCUUAUAAGUGGACCUCCAACUCCAAUUAUUCAAAGCAAAUAACUUUUUUUCUAGACGAUAGCAUCUAGAUAUGGAGUUUUCAGUAUUGAUUAAUAGUAUAACAUUUAGCUUUCUCGGCUUUUUUAUCUGUGAUAGGUAAGUACUUAAAUUGUUAGUAUUAUGAAUUGAUAAAUUCAUUAUUAUUAUUAAAUCUUGGCCUAAUACAACAGAAAAUUCUAACUUAGGUGCCAAAGAAGAUAAAUAAAUAUUUUCCCAUAAAACUAUUUCAUAUAAGCUACAGAUUAUUAAGAUAACUGUGCCAAACCAAUAGGUGGUGUAAAAUAUUGAACAAGGCUUACACUUCCGCCGCGCUGAUUCGAGUUAUUACUUAUU